AUGCCCAAAGGACAAUGCUUCAAGCCACCUUUAGACAAGGAUGGAAUAUGGUUCCCCCAUAUUGAACUCACACAGAAGACUCCAGAAUCCAUCACAAGAGCUACGCUGAAAGAGCCCCAUGGCCCACAUGCGAUCUGGCAGGUGGAAAGGAAGCUGCCACCCAUAUACAAAGUCCGUGAGAAGCAAGCAGUGAACAACAACUUCCCCUUCUCCGCCCAUGACAACCGACACAGCUUUAGGCACUGUGGACACUACUUUGACUCUGGUCUGGGACGUAAGAAGUUUUCUGAAGAAAUAAGGCAACACAUGUCAAGAAACUUCAAUCUUUGGGCAUGUGACUAUGUCCCAUCUUGUUAUGACGGAUUUUCAAACAACCAAAUAUCUUAUGUCUACAAGGAAGCCAUGGUGAUUCCAUAUUUCAGGCGCUUCCCAAGACAUCAUAGUGAAAUAUGGAGCACCUUUAAAUUUAUUCCUGAGAGAAAAUGUACAGACUUUUCAAAAAAGAAACCAAAAGUAAGAUUUGAGAUUGACAAAAAUAGAGCUUCUCCACUGGAUGUCUGA